UCCCCUUUUCGACUACAACCCUUACUUCCUGGAUACGCACUGAGAAAAAUAGCCAGGCUGGAUGAUAUUAGCAUCUCACACCGAGUUUCCGUUAACCUGUAGCUUACACACACAUGAAGACGACAAAGUCCAGCGAUAAAUGACCGUUUAAUAUCACGAAAUUACCGAUGAUAACGUAAAACAGGACAGGGAGGCGGAGGGCGCAGAAGUCGCAGAGGCGGAGCGCCACGUCAUUGAUCGGCGGGGGAGUCAGAGAAACACACCCGGAACCAAGUCCGAACCCCCACUUUGGACCGGAGAUUAGACGAUUAUACUUCCCCGUUAGCCUUCAGUGUCACACAGACUCCGGGCUAUUUUGUUCUGUCUUACCGAGGGACGAGCGGUCAAGGAGCGGGCCAAAAUGACGGCGUCCAACUCGGGUCUUAUCAUGAACGUGGUGAACAGCAUCGUCGGAGUCAGUGUGCUCACCAUGCCCUUCUGCUUCAAACAGUGUGGGAUAGUGCUGGGAACAAUACUGUUGUUCUUCUGUUCCUGGAUGACCCACAAGUCUUGCAUGUUCCUGGUCAACACAGCCAGCAACACCAAACGAAGGACCUAUGCUGGAUUGGCCUUCCAUGCUUACGGUAAACCAGGAAAAACGCUGGUGGAGACGAGUAUGAUUGGGUUGAUGUUGGGGACCUGUAUUGCCUUCUACGUUGUUAUUGCGGAUUUGGGCUCCAAUUUCUUCGCUCAGCUGUUGGGUUUACAGGUGACCGGCAGUUUUCGUGUGCUGCUGCUGAUUGCUGUGUCUCUGUUCAUCGUGCUGCCGCUGAGUCUGCAGAGGAACAUGAUGUCCUCCAUCCAGUCCUUCUCUGCCAUGGCUCUCAUUUUCUACACUCUCUUCAUGUUCACGAUGGUGCUGUCCUCGUUCAAACACGGGCUGCUCAGCGGCUGGUGGCUAGGGCAGGUCAAUGUGGUGCGCUGGGAGGGUGUGUUUCGCUGUCUCCCCAUCUGUGGGAUGGCCUUCGCCUGUCAGUCGCAGGUGCUGCCGACCUACGACAGCCUGGAUGAGCCGUCUGUUAAACGCAUGAGCACCAUCUUCACCUCGGCGCUCAACGUAGUCACCAUCUUCUACAUCACUGUGGGGUUCUUUGGCUACGUCAGCUUCACAGAAAACAUUGCGGGCAACGUGCUGAUGAACUUCCCCUCCAACCUGGUGACGGAAAUGAUUCGCGUGGGCUUUAUGAUGUCUGUGGCCGUGGGAUUCCCAAUGAUGAUCUUGCCCUGCCGCCAGGCCAUCAACACCAUGCUUUUUGAGCAGCAGCAGAAGGAUGGGACGUUUGCUGCCGGGGGAUACAUGCCUCCCCUUCGCUUCAAGAUGAUCACCCUCUGCAUUGUGUUUGGCACCAUGCUGGGAGGCAUUCUCAUUCCCAACGUGGAAACCAUUUUGGGUCUGACUGGAGCCACCAUGGGCAGCCUCAUCUGCUUCAUAUGCCCUGCUCUCAUCUACAAAAAAAUCCAGAAGAAUAGCAUCAUUGCUCAGCUGGUGCUUUGGGUGGGUUUGGGCAUCCUGCUGAUCAGCACCUUUACCACUCUCUCAAUCUCAGCAAGUAGCCCUGGCACCAGAGUCCAAGCCCCUUCUCCUCCAGCACCUGACAAGAACAACCUGCCGCUGCUAGACCCCCGUGAACCGCACGACAAUCCUCCAAACAAAAAGGCAGUGGAAAUAGAAAAGCCUGACCUCCCAGCUGUGGAGUUGGUGCACCCUGUGGAGAGGGACCAGGCCGAGCCCCCCCAGAUUAAAGGACCAGUGGAACUACCUGAGAGGAAGAAGGAGGAAGAGGCGCAGUUGAACCGUCCUGAUGCUGGUGUCGCGUUGCCAGAGGGAGAGGCCCAUCGCCAUGAACCACCAAUCCCUCAUGAUGAGGUCAAAGUAGACAUAAGAAAGGAGGACAAGAAACAACCUGUUGGAGGAGGAGAGCAAGAACCCAAAAGAGAUGGAGAGCAUGGUUUAGGGAAUGCUGAGAAGGUGGAAGAAAAAAAAGACAAAAAGAUUGAAGAGAACCCAAAGCCUGUAGAGGUGUUUGUGAGGAAAGAGCAAGCAGAUUUGGGUGGAGGUGAAGUCCUGUCCAAUGAGGUGCUGGAUAACCCGGUGGCAGGAGCAGGCAAAAAGCAGGAUGUUCUCCCGCUACAGGAAGUGGAGAAGCUCGAUUCUGUGAAAGAUCCUCUGGCAGAGAAUGCAGUCGUGGUGGCCAAUCAGGCUGCGGUUGUACAAGUCGAUAAAGUGGUCAAAGCUCCAGAUGUUCCAGGGAAACCUCAACUUCCUGAAGGAGAGCAUCGUCCUGCUGUAGAUGAGGUUCCAGCUGCAGACAGCAAAGAUACAGCAGACGAAAAGAUGGACGUGAUAAAAAAGUUGGUUGCAGAGGGCCAGCUCGACCACGCAGUGCUACUGCAGGUGAUUAAGGAGCAACAAGUGCAACAGAAGAGACUUCUAGACCAGCAGGAAAAACUGCUGGCCGUCAUAGAAGAGCAACACAAGGAAAUCCACCAGAAACAGCCGGCUGGUGCUGCUGAAGGCGAGGCAGAGAAAGGCAUCCCGGAGCACUUGGAGGUGAUGGAAGGUGGAAAGCACAAGGACUCUGGACUGGCCUUAGACCUGAAGCAGCCCAAGGAAGCAGCUGGAGCUGAAGACAGAGCUCCACAGGGUGGAGUGGUUGGACCCCACGCUGUGGCCCAGAAUCAAGCUCAGGCUGGGCAUAAGGUUGCUGAGGCCGGGGCACCUAAAGGAGCUGUUCCAGCUGCCUACAAGGAGGAUUUCCCUGUUGCACCUGGAGGAGAUUCUCAUAAACAGAAUGAGCUGGGGGCGAGGGGAGUUCCACUGGGAAAGAAAACAACCAAUGACCAUCAGCCUGUGCCUCAAAAUGAUCAGGUAGCCCAACUUAAAGAUGAAGAAGGAACCCUAGAUAAGGAAAAGGAGAAAAUUGGAAAUGAUAAAAAACAACAGAUAGAGAAAGAGGUUCAGGCAAGACUGGAAAAAGAACAGUUUGAGAGGGAGGUAAAGGAAAAAAUGGCCAGAGAGCGGGAGUUAGAGGAGGAAAGAGUAGCGAGAGAAAGGAUAGAGAAAGAAGUGCAGGCAAGGUUGGAAAAAGAACGGCUGGAAAGAGAGAGAAAUGAAAAGCUGGCCGAAGAACAGGAGCUGGAGAAAGACAGAGCAGAAGAAGAUAAACUUGCACAGCAGAAAGCUGCAGAUGAGAGGCUCCAGCAGGAGAUUAAGAAAGCAGACAAUGAAAUACUUGAGAGAGUGAGGAAAGAAAAGGAGGCAGAGGAGGCUCAGGAGAGGCUGGCCCAGCUGGAGCGAGUCAUAGAAGCCCAGAAAGCUGAGAAAGCUGCACAGGGAGCUGAAAGAGAAGACGGCCAAGCUUUGAAGAAAGGAGGACGAGACCUCAAAGAGAAAGUUGCUGCUCAGGCGGACCCCGGAGAAGGUGCUGAAGACGGGGCUGUCAAAGCCAAGGCUCACCCUCAGGGCUCCCAUGAGAAGGUCAGGGAUCAGGGGGAGAUGGAUCUAAGACGGAGGCGCAGGGCAGUGGGACCUAAAGAGGCUGGAGGGCCCCCAGAGGAGACUGGUGUGUCCAGGGGGAUGCCUGGGCUGGAGCCCCUGCUGGAGCUGGGGGGCUCAGACCUGCACGCGGCCCUGGAGGAGCAGCUACUGGCCGGGGCGAUGGUGCAUUCACGGCAGAUUAAACAGGCCUCAGAGGAUGAGGGAGCGAAAUAACACAGACCAGACACACAGAUUCUCAUUAAAUGGUCAGACAGCAAGUUCACACUUACACCUGCAGGACCUUCUAAUACUGUGGACCAUGAUCUUGUUGCCUUACUUCCUGUCUUGCCUUUAUGGACAGAAAGGAACAUUUUCUUUUUCGAUGCUGUGUACUCUGGAAACAACCCAAAGUCUUUAUUAAAGAGCAAAGUGUAUGUAAAUAUUAACUUAUUUUUGUCUUGUGGUGGAGAAUUUGAGGAGUUUGUUUAAAUGUAUAUAAAUCUAUGCAAAUACCAUUAUAUGGACUGUUUUGACAAGGCAAAUAUAUUCAUGUUUGUAUGUGA